AUGAAUUCGUCCACGAAUUUGUCACUUAAGAAAAAUGAAAGUACCUCGACACCAAACGACACUUUUUUCAAUGUCAUCGUGUUCAUUGAUGCCCUAUCCUGCGUGUUCCUUGUGUUUGGGAACUUCUUUAUCAUUGCUCUGAUCCGGAAGAAGCGUCUUCUAGGAAGGUCAACCAAUGUCUUCAUCUUUUCUAUCGCCGUAGCGGACUUUCUGAAUGGUACAGUAGCCAUUCCCACACACAUUUUAUUCCUAUACCAAAAGGAGACGACCUAUUCAUGUAAGUGUUUCCGUUUUAUGAGCUUCCUGUCUAAGACUGUGGUUCCGUAUACUAUCAUGUUUAUGACUGCAGAGAAGACUAUGCGAAUUUUGUGUCCGACACGUGAAUUCGUGACCGUUGCUCGAUGCAUGUUCUGUACUAGUCUUCUGUGGUUCUUCUCGUCAUCUUUCAACAUUUGGAGUGUGGUCCUCUUCACGUCCACUCCGUUAACCCACACCAACGUUGAACUUGGAUUUGAGAGAGCUUACAAACAAUGUAUUUUAAAUAAACGGUUCGUCUUUCUUCACAAGUACUUUCUAUUGAUGGACCUGUUUAUAUUGUUUUUGAUACCAUUAACAGUUGUGAUUUCGCUAUUUCUGGUACUAGUCAUCAAGUACUUUACAAUUUUACGAGAGAGAAUUCUGACAUAUUUCUUCGUUGUUAAGCUCUUACUGGCACUAUCACUCAAUGUACUAAUUACACACACUCCUUAUCAAGUGAUUACUUUCGUUGAAAACUCUCCAGAUUUUCAAUCCCCGGAAUUAUUCCUCCUGUCUAAUCUGCUCACCAGCCUGUUUUUCACUCGAGGGAUCUGGAAUCUAAUGAUAUAUGGAUAUUUUAAGCAUUAUGUUUGUCAGAAACAAAAUCUGGCCAGUAUUCGGGCAGGGAACUGUCCUCCUAAGACAGAAUCAUACAGACUGCCAUUACAAAGAAACAGACAGACUAUCACACGUCAGAGAAAUGGGUUGUAA